AUGUCAUCGCACAGUCGACAGCACUCCAGAAGGCGCUCUUCUUCGUCCCAGACACACCCCCCUGAGACCGGCAGCAGCCGAGCAGCAGCAUUCAAUCCGUUACUACUCGAGCCUUUCUAUAUGUGGUACCAGCCUGGUGCCCUUUCCGCCACCUUUUCCCGCGGCUACGGCAUCCACAGCUUCAAGCGCAUGGACCUCUGGGCCGAGGCGCGGAAAUCCGAGGCCUUCAUGCGGCGGGGUGCGAGCUGGAGACGGAUGCUCGUGCAGCAGCCCGCCGUAACGGCGCUCCCCUUCCUCUCGAGGGCGAUGGACUUCUCGGAGCAUGAGGGUCAUUUCCGGCCUGUGGCAUUUAGGGGGACUGUGAGCUUUCCGGACGGGCUGACGAUGGGCGCGCUGUACGAUGUCACGCACCAGCGGUGCGAGAUUGCGUCGCAAGAUUCCAAUUACUACUUCCGGAUCGUCCGGCCCGAGCUCAAGCCGGACGGGGAGGAGAUACCGCCGGAUAUGGUCUCCCUGCUGGACGGAUUUGGGAUAGUGUAUGAGGAGCACGGCUACUACCAUCCGAGUCGGGUCCUGGCUACCAAUCUUGAGGUCGAGCCGUGGGAUAUGCUAUAUCGACAUCCCGAGUUCGAGAACAUAGAGGUAAGGGUUGAGAAGUUCUGGUUCAUGGACAGUGGCUGGCGGAAAGACUCGAUCUCAGCCCACAUGAUUCACAGUAUCGAGCAUACCUAG